CUCUUGCACUCGUUCCUGCAACAUCUUAAUCAUGGUUUCUCGCGUCGUGUUGGUCGUGCUGGUGGUGGUCGUCCUAGCGGCCGCAGCAGUGGCUCUCCCUGACCCCACCAAACGGCACUUGGGAUACGGCUUGUACGGAGGAUACGGAGGAUACGGCCUCGGAGGAUUUGGCUUGGGAGGCUACGGAGGAUACGGAGGCUAUGGAUCCCACUACCCUAUUACGGAUCCUACUACGGAUAGAGGGUGGUGCACCAGGUCUUAAGUUAUCUCUGUAUCUUCGUCUUCAGUAAAAAUGUUCUUUGCGGAGUUUUAUGCUUCUAUAUCCAUGAUGAUAAUAAAGAAUUUAUCCUCCA